CGCGGCGGCCCCAGGCGAGGCGCGGCCAGGCGGCGCCGGGAGCCUCCACCCCCGGCCCACCCUGCCCGGGCUCAUCAUGUGACGCGGGAUUGAAGUGGAUCUAGGGACAAAUGGAUGACUGAAUAUUCAUAUGAAGAGGAAAGCCAUAAAAGACAUCAGCGCCUUUGAGAACAGAAUGUUAAUGCUUGAUGGGAUGCCGGCAGUCAGAGUCAAAACAGAGCUGCUGGAAUCUGAGCAAGGGUCUCCAAACGUCCACAACUACCCAGAUAUGGAUGCUGUACCCUUGUUACUGAACAACAUGAAGGCCGACCCCACGGAGGAUUCAUUAUCUACAGACCAUUUCCAAACACAGACUGAACCAGUGGACUUGUCAAUAAACAAAGCCAGGUCGUCCCCUACAGCAGCUUCAUCUUCACCAGUUUCUAUGACAGCAUCAGCCUCCUCCCCUUCCUCUACUUCUACUUCUUCUUCUUCCAGUCGGCCAGCUUCAUCCCCCACAGUAAUAACAUCAGUCUCCUCAGCAGCGUCUGUACCGUCAGUAUUAACUCCAGGUCCUCUUGUGGCCUCUGCAUCUGGUGUUGGAGGCCAGCAGUUUUUGCACAUUAUCCAUCCAGUACCACCUUCAAGUCCCAUGAACUUGCAGUCCAACAAAAUGAGUCACGUGCACCGUAUCCCCGUGGUGGUACAGUCGGUACCUGUCGUCUAUACAGCUGUGAGAUCACCUGGGAAUAUGAACAACACUAUAGUAGUACCACUGUUGGAGGAUGGGAGAAGCCAUGUCAAAGCACAAAUGGACCCCCGAGGCCUAUCUCCCAGACAAAUUAAAAGUGACAGUGAUGAUGACGACCUGCCAAAUGUGACCUUAGAUAGCGUUAAUGAAACUGGAUCUACAGCGCUCUCCAUAGCCAGAGCAGUACAAGAAGAGAGCAUGUGGGGCUGUGCCAGGUCAGCUGUUAACCCUUUUCGUUUUUUCAACUCCAGUUCAAUUUCACCGUUCAGUAUUGAGAGCACAAGGCGUCAGAGGAGGUCUGAGUCUCCAGACUCCAGGAAGCGGCGCAUCCAUCGGUGUGACUUUGAGGGAUGCAACAAAGUGUACACAAAAAGCUCCCACCUGAAGGCUCACCGGAGAACGCACACAGGAGAAAAACCCUACAAAUGUACCUGGGAAGGCUGCACCUGGAAGUUUGCUCGAUCCGAUGAACUGACGAGGCAUUACCGCAAGCACACGGGAGUGAAGCCAUUCAAGUGUGCAGACUGUGACCGCAGCUUCUCCCGCUCGGAUCACUUGGCGCUCCACCGCCGCAGGCACAUGCUGGUUUGAGAAAUGCUACCUGUUCCAGCCGAGUUUAAGAGCUGGGUCUCUUAACUACCCACAGUGAAUUCAGCAGGGCUGAAUCCCCCUCUACAGUGUUAACAGGCAGGGCUUUCCCUGAUGUCUGUAACGAAAAAUAAUAACAGAAAUUCAAAAAAAGCAGGAAAAGAAGUGCCACUCUUCUCCUCGCCAUCUGAAGUUAACUCUGUCUGCCCCUCAGCAUGGCUACCCCCUGAAAGUGUCAUCACAAUCACCUGGGAAAUAGCAGCCGAGAUGCUACAGGAAUGGGCAUUAUUUUACAUGCUGCAUCCUUUGACAAAAAAUGUUUAUAGCUUGUAUGUUUUCUCAGCUGCCAGACAUUUUGUUCCUGAAAAAUCGCUGCUGGUUGGAGUAUAGAUACCGUGAACUGAUGAUGAUGAUGACGAUGAUGAUAGUGAUGAUGAUGAUGAUGAUGAGAGAAGACCGCUAGAUCUGUAUGAUGCCAUCUUUUCCCCUUGUUUUCAAUACCAUCUGGCCGGUGUCAGCACUGCACCGGAGCCGUGCUAAAGGCAAGCUGCGUGUGAGUAGGCAAGAAGAUUCUGCUGGAGAGGUCCCGCUGCCGGAGCUGGAGGUUUGCUUGAUCAGACUUUUGCAAUAAUGAUGGUGGCAUUUUAAUAUCAUACCACAACUUGUCAUUAUGCCCCAGAGGACACCAGCCAUUUAACUUUUUUCUUUUAUGUUUUUUUUUCCUUCUUUUCUUUCGUCGUUGUCGUUGUUGAAGUCUGUAAAAUAAGCAAAGGGCAGCAGCAUCUGUGCUGAAAUACCAUAUUAAGUAUCUCUAUUUUACCAUGGAAUUAUUUAGAUCCAUUUUCUGAUUUGUAUAGAAAGAGCCCACCUAAAAACAACUACCCUAUUCUCAGUGUGCUGUUUUCUUUCAUGCAGGUAUCCUCUUCCCCACAACCAUUAUUUGAACCCAAGGAAAUAGUCAGGUCUUGUACUUGCUGGUACCAAGGUUAGUGGUAUAGCCAUUCCUGAGAUGGAAUUGAAUGUAUCAUCAAAACAAAACAGAGAAGAAACGGCUGCAUCUCUUGCAGAGAAAAAGCAAUAAUGAAUAAAAUGGCUCUUGUGACAAUAAUUUACUCCACACCAACAGAAGUGGGGGGUAUGCAGAAACAGCAUGUAAGAUUUAAGCAUUUAAAUUAAUCUUUUUGCUGGUUUCACUGACCUGCUAGGCGCCACAUUUAAGUACUUUUAUUUCUGUUAACAUAAUCAUGGUGUCUGGAAAGCAGGAAAGAUAAAGGAAAGAGUUGAUUGUUGAGGAGGUAGUGGAUGAACUGUAAGUAGGACAGAGAAAUAUGCAGUUGUGCUCUGCAAGACACUAGAGUUCUCCCUGGGAGUUAGGGAAUAACAAGAUUUUGCCAGCUGUCUAGUAUGAUCUAAAUGGACUUCUGUAUGGGUACCAGUGGCUGCCUCUGCUUCGAUUUUCAACCCAAGCCUUUUCAGAUUAAAUAAAAGGAAAUUCUUGAUCAUUCCCAUACAGCCCUGUAAUUGCAAACCAAUUUGUAUUAAUUGAAUUAUGUAGGAAAGAGAGAAAUUCUUAGUCAUCAGUUAUUCAUGCAAACAGAAUAGUGUUUUUCUGUUUUCUUUCCUCAGAAGGAUCUGCCUAUUCAGCUAAAUUUGACAAAGGGGAGGCUUGGCAAUAUUUUCUAAGUGUUGAGAUUUUCAUAGCUUAGAGAUGAAAGAUGUAAACAUAAAGGUCUUUUGCAAUUCAUUUAAUUAUGAAUAUUUUGUUCCAGGAAUUCCAGAUUAAAUUUGUGAUGCCACUUGUUUGUUUUUAAAUGUUUGACCAUCUCAGUUAAUAUUAAAUUCCUGCAGUAAAUGUAGUAAUGUUGCGAUUCUGGAAUCAAGGUAAUCUUUAAGAAAAAACAACACAGAGUAACCAUACAGAUACAAAAGCAAUUACAGUUAAUUGAGGAUUAAUAUGACUGGGAUUAUACUUUAUAAAAGCAUUCACAAGAUCCAGAGUUUGAUUGUCUUUAAAUAUCCUUAAUAUUCCCCAGUAUGGAUAGUUUAUCAAGUCUCUGAAAGAACUUACAAAAAGCUCAGGCUUUCCACUGCCCAGUCAGCAGCAGAGAAACUCAACACAAAUUAUUGACAUCUGUUAAGGGAAAAAUGCCUCUGUCAAUUCCCAUUGACCAUGUUGGUGAUCUACUUCCACCAAAUUUGACGACAUUCUAGACUCCAUCUCCAAAUCAGGGACAGAGCAGGGCUUCUGGAUAGACCAUGAGGCAUUGCAGGGCAGCAGAACUGUGUCUUCAUGAGCAGCAUUGCUACUGUUGAUUUAAAAAACUGGUUGUCAAAGUAUUGUAGAUGAGGUUCUUCAUGGAUUAUGUCUGAGGUCUGGUUUUUGUGUACUUCAAUAUCAUCCCCUUAAAUGCAUUUGUCAUUGUUGGCAUUUAGGGAAAGAAGUCAGGUCAGGUAGGACUCCUUGAUAAAAUUCUUUUCUUGCCCAAGAAUAUUUUACCAACUAAUUAUUUGAAUAGUAGUAAUCCAGUUGAAGAACCAAUGGCAUACAGAAUUCCUUUCAGGAUCUGUGGGUGGGGUUUUUUUCCUCUCAUAGAAAGUUAAGUUUGCUUGAGCAGAAACUCCUGCUAGCAUACAGGAGGAUGUGAUGUUACUCUGAGACAUCAGUUGCAGGGUGCAGUUGGGAGAGAUCAGUGCUCCUCUUUAGGCUUCCCCUGUUGUCAGUGAAGACAGAGAAACUGCAAGAGAAAUUAAGAGGCCUUUAAUUUUAGUGUUCAGCUUUGAAAUGCCCUGUGGAAGAGCAUGUGUAUAACAGACCUUGGAGAGGCUCAUCUCCCAAGGCCGAGGUUGGUUUGUGUGAAUCCCUGGCUUUGGUCUGUGUGAAUCCCUGGCUUUUCAGCUGGUUGCCUGUUAAAAUAUGAAUUGGAAACACUGCAACAGAAAGAGGGCCUGGUUUUAUUCAAAGAACCCCAAAGUGAUAGAGGGUUAAAGCAGCAGUAAUGCUGAGGGACACAGGCUCAGAGUGUGUCAAUGGUAGGAGAAUGAAGCCAAAAGGUGAAGGAGCGUGUGCUAAAUUUUGUUAUUUCCCAGUAUAUCCUCAGCCUUUCAGCACAUGUGCAAGGGCUUCUCAUGCUGCUGUUACCUGUAGAUGAAUUGCACAACCAGCUGUAGUCCACCCCUGGGUUUCAGAUACACAGUAUGGUUCUUGAUAAGGUUCUCAUUCAUACCAGCACCUGCAGGCUUUGGUCCCAGUUACUCCCUGGGGUUGUUUUCUGGGUUUUAUCGCUUUCCAAAGUAUUUUAAGAGAAGUUACUCGGGAGGAUGGGGGUGUUUGAAUGUGGAGCUGAUGUCCCCCAGAUCCUCAGUGUGUCUUUGUCUUUAUUGGCUGUGGUUCUGACCUGCCAAGUUUUUGUGCUCGUGCAAAGACCAUGGGCAAUUGCUCCGGGGUAGUUUCCUCAAAAAUCCUGGUACCCCACCACAGGUCUGUAACAUUUCAUGGCUGUGGUGAAGGCUUACAUCAUGUGUAGCCUGCAGAAAUACCAGAUCUCAUCCUGACAUGAUCCACUAGGACCAUCUUAAUUGAGCAGCUGGGAUACACAAACAUACAGUGUCGCAUUCCUUCAGAAAGACAAGAGAUUUCAAUCCACCAUGCCAUGGCAUUGCAUGUUACUGCUUGCAAGGGAAAUUGGGCCAUGAAGUGUCAGAUUUCAUGUAUUUUCAAAAGUUCUAAAUGGAUUUGUCAGGAAACCUCAGGAGCCAGAAUUUUAGGAAAAUGUAAUGAGCAAACAGCUUUGAUACUGAACUUUUAAAAUUUUUAAUUGUGUCAUUAUUUUUUUGAGCACCCCUUAUAUUCAGCACUGUAAAAUUGGCUCGUUGCAACAGCAGUUUUUACUUGGGAAUGAAGAUGCAGUAUUCCUUAUUCUCUCUCAUGCUUGCAUAAUUAAUUAAAUAGAUUUAGACUGACUUGUAUAUAUGAUUAUUUGCUGGAGUAACGUAUAACAAAAUUAACAGUGUUGAAAAUUACAUCAGUGAUGUUGAUGUUCGGGUAAACUUGCAGUGCAGAGCAUGGACAAAUAGCUGGACAGCCUUUCUCCCCUUUAAUAAUGAGAAUAACAGUGAUCAUAAGCCUCUUUUUCCAUUAGCCACAUUGAAAAUGUAUUCUAGUUGCCAUUUAUAAAUUUAAAUUCUGGUAAUAAAUGCUGUUUAAUGUAAAAAAUCUCUUCCCCCUUUAUUGAAGGUGGAUACUUCAAAAUCAGACUAGGUGUGACUAACAAUAUCCCACUUACUUUUUAGUUUGAAUUUGAGUUUGGAAAGGUCAUUGUGUGAAACUGUGUCUUCCACAGCUGUCAAGUCUUAAGAUUGUUCAGGAAAUCCAUGCUGCUCCCACAUGCUCAUCCUUACACUCAUGCAUAUGAUCCCCAGAACUUCCAAGUGUUUCUACCCAUGUGCAGGUAAUAAACAAGUUUAUUUAAAAUUAAAAUAUAGGAAAAAAACCCAAAAAAGAACAGAAAA